CGCGAGAGUAGGCUUGUCCCAUCAGUUCCGGCAGGAAUUAAGGCGCUGCACUUUUAAACAUCGUUCAGCGAUUCAGGAAGUCGGGGCUGUUGUGCGGUAUGUAAGGGGAAAAUGAACAUGCCAGUUACAGAUACAAAACCUGCGGUGGUGUCUAAGCAAGCCGAGGUGGUGAUCAAUGGUGUAGCCACACAGGUGGUGUGCUCUGCAUUUACCAAUCAAAUUCUGGUCGUGGUAACUCAGUAUGGAAAGAUGGGAACCCUUGUGUCAGUGACACCAAGCUUGGUCUCCAGUGAUCUUGGAAAGCCCUCACUGACAACCAAAGUGCUGUUAGGCCAAGAUGAGCCUCUUGUCCAUGUGUGCGCAAAGAAUCUGGUGACUUUUGUGUCUGAAGAAUCCAAGAACAAACCAGUGCUUCUGUCUAUGGCAUUAAAGGACAAAAGUGUAGACUGUAUUAAGACAUUAAAAGAUGUCAUUCGAAGCUGCCAGGUCUGGUGAUGAAAUUGUGUUUUGUGCACAGUUACAUUAUCUAUAAUAAAUAUAUUUUUAUACUU